UUUGCUUUUUAUUUCUUUGCCCGACCUCGAAUUUCCCCUGUAAACAACAGUAUUGAUGAAAGCUAGUUUAUCAAUGGCAUGUGUCCCCAAGCUUCCAAACGGUGGCAAGAACCAAAGCAAUGACGAGCUUCUUGUUGCCAUGUGUCUUGCUUCAAUCAAACUGUCUCGGAUUUGCUCUUGCCACGUCUUGUACAGAGCCAUGUGUCGAUUUGAUUCCAUAAUUUUCUAUACUAUAUAAUCAUCUUCAAGUCUUCCCCAACUCAAAGUAGCACUUACUAAGCUAGUCAGAAGUAUCAAAGUCAUUUGCAGAAAGCUUUUAAUUUUCAAGUACAGAUACAAAAAUGAGUCGAGAACAGCCGAGAAGGCCUCAGGAGGGGCAAGAACCAGUCAAGUACGGCGACAUUUUCAAUGUCUCCGGCGACCUAGCAUCCAAGACGGUAGCGCCACAAGAUGCUGCGAUGAUGCAGACCGCUGAAACCAUGGUGUUGGGGCAGACCCAGAAGGGCGGUCCGGCCGCUGUCAUGCAGUCAGCCGCCACCCGAAACGAGAGAGCUGGCCUCGUCCGCCACGAUGAGGCUACUGAUGUAGCUGGACAUGAAGGUGUCACUGUUACAGAGAUUGAUGUCCCUGGAAGGCGAACAAUCACUGAAUCAGUUGGUGGACAGGUUAUUGGCCAGUAUGUGCAGCCAACACCGGUUACACAAGUAGCUGCGGGAGGAUUCAUGCAGCAGAAUGCAAUAACUAUAGGGGAGGCACUGGAGGCCUCGGCCCAAACAGCUGGGGAUAGGCUAGUGGAUCAGAGCGAUGCCGCGGCAAUUCAGGCUGCAGAGGUGCGAGCAACAGGCAGCAAUGUGAUAAUUCCCGGGGGCCUGGCCGCGACAGCUCAAUCUGCCGCAGCUCACAAUGCGGGGACUGACAGGGAGCAAGACAAGAUUAAGGUUUCUGAUGUGCUCUCGGGUGCGACCGCCAAGUUACCCGCGGACAAGGCGGCAACUAGGCAGGAUGCCGAAGGAGUGGUGAGUGCCGAGUUGAGGAACAACCCGGACAUGACCACACGUCCAGGUGGAGUUGCGGCUUCUGUUACUGCAGCUGCCAGGCUGAACGAAAAUAUGAAUGUGAACACGUAGUAGUUCGUAACUUCGUACUGUUCAAGAAUUAAUGUCUCAUAGU